AUGUCUCAAGAAAGUAGCCGACAAAGCGUCUCUUCUGCGGAAGAAACUUCCGAUAUUAAUAAGACUAAUUUGGCAAAGGAUAGUAAAAAUCAUAAUGAUAAACCGAACCUUGGGUAUAAGCACGCGUAUGCAAUUCACGUAAAGAGUGCGCCUUCUGCUCUAUCAAAGGAGGCACCACCAGAGAGUUAUCGCGGUUUUAUGAAUUUAGCAAUGCUAAUCCUGGCAGCGAGUAAUUUUCGAUUGAUUAUCGAAAAUUUUUUAAAGUAUGGUUUUUUAAUAUCUACACCUGGAACUAUUGCGGCCCCUUAUGAUUACACAUAUUUAACGAUUUGCGUACUUGUCUUGCCGCUAAACAUUUUUUGUGCAUAUCAAAUCGAAAAAUCUAUAAUUACGCCAUUCCUGAACGAGAUUAAGCUCGCAGAAAAAGAGGGAAGAGAGCCAACUCUCACGCCCACAAUAGUAAAGAUCAACAAACAAGCUGGAAUGUUACACAUAAUCAACAUCACUUUAACACUGCUAUUCCCGGCCAUAAUAUCCUACUUUGCCAUAUUUCACCCAUUUCUUGGUUCAAUCGCGGUCUUUAACGGACUCGCACUCUUCCUCAAACUAAUAUCCUACGCAUUCGUUAAUCGCGAUCUUCGUCUGUCACAAUUAAUCGGUGGUAUCUCGUCUUCAUCAAAAGAAGAAACUAAAAUUCUAAAUGCCGAUGUUUACUCGGUUCAAUAUCCAAAUAACAUCACAUUGAAGAAUAUAUUCUAUUUCUGGUUUGCUCCAACUUUAUGUUAUCAGCCUUCUUAUCCGCGAUCUCCUGAGGGAUUCCGACUUAAAUUCUUUUUGAAGCGUUGUGGUGAGAUUGUGCUCGCGU